AUGGAUAUAAGUUACCAACUUGAACUUUGGGGGAAGCUGGGCCGGUAUCCUCCAUGGCCAGGAAAGAUUGUUAAUCCACCUAAAGAUCUGAAGAAACCUCGUGGGAAAAAGUGCUUCUUUGUGAAGUUUUUUGGAACAGAAGAUCAUGCUUGGAUCAAAGUGGAACAGCUGAAGCCUUAUCACCCUCACAAAGAGGAAAUGAUAAAGAUUAACAAGGGUAAGCGCUUCCAGCAAGCCGUGGAUGCUGUAGAGGAGUUUCUUAGAAAAACCAAAGGCAAGGACCAGGCAUCUUCCCAUAACUCCAAUGAAGAGAAGAAUCGGCGUAAUUCCAGUGAAGAAAGAGGCAAGCCAUCCGCUGGUGAAGAGAAACGCAAAGCCAGUUUGUCUGAAGGGAAGUUGAAGAAGGGCACAGGGGAAGGAAAAAAGAGGGUCUCUUCUGUAUCGUCAGAGAGAGGAUCAAAAUCACCUUUGAAAAGAGCCCAGGAUCAGAGCCCCCGAAAGCGGGGGCGUCCACCCAAGGAUGAGAAGGACCUCACAAUUCCGGAGUCAAGUACAGUGAAGAGGGUGAUGACUGGAACAGUGGCUGGAUUUAAAUGGCCGCCAAGCGUCAGUGAGCCUGUGAAAGACAGCGAUCCACACUUUCAUCACUUCCUGCUGAGCCAGACAGAGAAGCCAGCUGUCUGCUAUCAAGCCAUCACAAAGAAGCUGAAGGUUUGUGAAGAGGAAACAGGAUCCACCUCCAUCCAGGCAGCAGACAGCACAGCAGUCAAUGGCAGUAUCACGCCUACAGACAAAAAGAUAGGAUUUCUGGGACUUGGUCUGAUGGGAAGUGGCAUUGUCUCCAACUUACUGAAGAUGGGUCACACUGUCACUGUCUGGAACCGGACUGCCGAGAAGUGUGAUUUGUUCAUCCAGGAGGGGGCACGGCUGGGAAGAACCCCCGCUGAAGUUGUCUCCACCUGUGACAUCACCUUUGCCUGUGUAUCAGAUCCAAAAGCAGCAAAGGAUCUGGUACUUGGUCCGAGUGGAGUGUUGCAGGGGAUUCGCCCAGGGAAGUGUUACGUGGAUAUGUCCACCGUGGAUGCAGAUACAGUCACAGAGUUGGCCCAGGUGAUAGUGUCCCGGGGUGGUCGCUUUUUGGAAGCACCGGUCUCGGGAAAUCAGCAGCUAUCUAAUGAUGGGAUGCUUGUGAUCCUGGCAGCCGGCGACAGGGGUUUAUAUGAGGACUGCAGUAGCUGUUUCCAAGCGAUGGGGAAGACAUCUUUUUUUCUAGGUGAAGUAGGCAAUGCUGCCAAGAUGAUGCUGAUUGUGAACAUGGUCCAAGGCAGCUUCAUGGCAACGAUAGCAGAAGGACUGACUUUGGCUCAAGUGACUGGCCAGUCCCAACAGACCCUUCUGGAUAUCCUCAAUCAGGGACAACUUGCCAGCAUCUUCCUGGACCAGAAGUGCCAAAAUAUCUUGCAAGGAAACUUUAAACCUGAUUUCUACCUGAAAUACAUACAGAAGGAUCUUAGAUUAGCUAUUGCACUGGGCGAUUCUGUCAACCACCCAACUCCCAUGGCAGCUGCUGCCAACGAGGUCUAUAAACGAGCAAAAGCAUUGGACCAAUCAGACAACGACAUGUCUGCAGUGUACAGGGCCUACAUCCACUAGGCUGCACCGUUCUUACUGUUAAUACUAUGAUUAUUGAUUAAUAUUAUUAUGAUACUGGGUUUUAACUCUGGACCAGUCCAUCUCUGUCUCUCCAUUUCCUUUUAUACACAGACUUUGAGAUCUGCCACGGAGGCAGCUGCUGCGGUGAGCCUUCCCCUGGUGGCAGAAGGGGGGGAGGAGGGGGCUCCGAUUGUUGCAGUCUAAUUAGAAAAAUCCAUGCCAUGCACUGACAGUCAUGGAACAGAACAGUGGCGGCUUGUUCAGAAGCUCUGAGGCAACUCUGCCAGAAAUCUGCUGCUUGGCUGCUUUUAUUUUCCUCUUUGUAUGCUUGUCCAAGAUGCUGUUUCUAACGA